AUGUUUCAUUUGGUUAAGGGACUUUACAAUAACUGGAAUAAAAAGGAACAAUAUUCAAUUCUUAUACUAGGUCUAGACAAUGCAGGAAAAACCACGUUCCUGGAGACAUUAAAAAAAGAAUAUUCCAUGGCGUUUAAAGCCUUAGAAAAGAUACAGCCUACAGUAGGACAAAAUGUAGCAACGAUACCCAUUGAUAGUAAACAAAUAUUGAAGUUUUGGGAUGUAGGUGGACAAGAAUCAUUAAGAUCAAUGUGGUCAGAAUACUAUUCCCUAUGCCAUGGUAUAAUUUUCAUAGUGGAUAGCUCAGCUAGAGAGCGAUUGGACGAAUGUUCCAUGACUCUACAGUCUGUUGUAAUGGAUGAAGAAAUUGAGGGCGUACCCAUCUUGAUGUUGGCCAACAAACAAGAUAGGCAAGAUAGAAUGGAAGUGCAAGAUAUAAAGCAAGUCUUUAAUAAAAUUGCGGAACACUUAAGCGCUAGAGAUAGUAGGGUUUUACCAAUAAGUGCAUUGACUGGGGAAGGUGUUAAAGAUGCUAUUGAAUGGAUGGUUGUUAGAUUAGAGAGGAAUAAAAAGUCAAGACCGCCAAUUUAUAAAUGA